CACAUGGUGAUAGAGAGGGGGCGAGAGAGAGAGAGAGAGAGCGAUAUAGACAGACAGAGAGAGAGAGAGAGGAGGGCAGCAGAGGGAGUAGGUUAAAUGGAUAUGAAAUGCUUUUGACAGUCACUAAAAAGUGACAAGUUGCAGCAGACAGCAGCAAAGAGCCCAAUAAUGGAGCCACAAGAGAUCAGAGAGGGAUAUCUUGUUAAAAAGGGUACAGUGCUGAACUCCUGGAGUGCAGUGUGGGUGGUGUUGUCAGAAGAUGGUUUGGAUUACUAUAAAAAGAAAACAGAUCACUCACCGAAAGGGAUGAUCCCACUGAAAGGAGCAACCCUCAUCAGUCCCUGUCAAGAUUUUAACAAGAGAACGCUGGUCUUCAAGAUCACUACAGAGAGGAAACAAGAUCACUUCUUUCAAGCCUCGCAUGUGGAGGAGAGAGAACUUUGGGUCAAGGACAUUAGGAGAACCUUGUCCUGCUUGAAAGAUGGGAAAAAGUUUGCUAGAAAGUCCACCAGACGCUCUAUUCGCCUGCCAGAAACAGUCAACCUUGCUGAGCUGUAUGCGCUGAUGAAAGACCAGGACGACGGAGUGAAGGAGUUAAAACUUGAGCAAGAUAAUCAAAUUUUCAACCACUGCUUCACUGGUGCGACGGUAGUAGAGUGGCUGAUUUCAAAAGGGAAGGCAAGAAAUAGGCCUGAGGCACUCAUGUUAGCAACGGGGCUUCUGACCGAGGGCUUUCUCCAGCCUGCAGAUGACCUGUCAAAGGAGGGGGUGGAAGGCGGAGAAAAUAUAACCUUCUUAGAUCAAACAACAGCUCUCUACUACUUUACAGACAGUGGGUUCUUCUGUGAAGGCUACUCCAGUGACGAAGAUGUUCUGCUGAAGGACGAAUUCAGGGGAAACAUUAUAAAACAAGGCUGCUUGCUCAAACAGGGACACAGAAGAAAGAACUGGAAGGUACGAAAGUUCAUACUUCGAGAUGACCCCGCUUAUAUGCACUAUUAUGAUCCUUCAAAGGGCGAUGACCCUCUAGGCUCAAUACAUCUCAGAGGAGCCGUGGUUACAGCUGUAGAGUACGUGCCUGACGCCAAGAAGUACGACGUUGAUGGCAACCUCUUUGAGAUUAUCACGUCAGAUGAGACUCACUAUUUCCUGCAAGCUGCAACAUCUGAGGAAAGAAAGGAGUGGAUCAAAGCAAUACAGACGGUGUCAAAAAGUGGAAAGUAAUGAAAGCAGUGAAGCAACAGGGGAAUAUCUGUCAACCACAGCUGCAUCGAAACUGAUGUACUACUUUUACUUUUACUUUUAUGUUCUUGUCUUUCAUUGUGAAGCAAGUAGUGAAUUUUACUUUUAUGCACACAUUAUAUUUAUGUUUCUUUAUGCUAAAUUCAUGACAAUUUAAAUAGGAGAAAAAAAUUCCUGCAGAAGUACUAUCUAUUAAUACCCGAUGAAUAUUUUUGAAAAGCACUGUAUGUGUUUGCAUAACUUAGAACUACAAGUUAAAUGGACACAGGCUUUUGUUUGUGGAGAUGCAUAUCUCUGUCCUUUACACGAAAUAUUUAAAUAAGCUGGUUUGCAGAGCAGUGAAGCAAGUUUUUUUUUUUUUUGUUUGUGUGUUUUUGUUUUUUUUCUAAACCAGUUUCACACCUACAAAAAUAAUUGCCUCAAUUUAAAUUUGCAUGCAAAUACAGUAAAAGGUACUUCUUUGGAACAACAAACUGUUUUAACCUAUUUAGAUGUAUUAUUAACUCAGACUAGUUUUGCUUCCUCUUUGUUCAGUUUCUAAAGUCUGAGAUAGUUGCUGUUAUCAUACAAAUGCUGAGCUUCUGGGUGUGAACAAAGUCUGAGUUGCAUUGUGUCUUCACUGUUGCACAACCACUUUGUAGCAGUGGAUGCUUGCUGCAUUUGUGUGACAGUUUAUCAGCCACAAAAAUGACUAGUUUGAGCUGGGGUGUGACUAGAUGGAAAAAACAAAGCACAGCAGAGAAGACAACUUAUUUCAACUGUAGGUUUAAGGGCAGCUCAAAGUUGUUGUAAUGUAAGUAUAGAAUAUGAAAAAUAAGCAGUGCAUAUCUGUUGCCUGUCCUGUAAGAUUUGAACAUUAUUAGUCACGUGACCUUUCUAAAUUUAUCUAUGAACUCUAAAGCCUAUUUUUUGAACAAUAAUCCCACAUCAAACUAAGUACAUCAGGGGUGUACUGAGUUUAAAAUACAACUGUUUGCCUAUUUGUGCUUUUCUUUUUGAAGCGAGUGACUAAAUGCUUUGAACACACAAUAAAGUAGCAAUAUUUAUUUAAAUUAAAUCCACAUAUAAUUUCUGUUAGAGGUGACUGAUUUCUUUUGCUGGCGUUAGUUUUAACCACAUCUUUUGUGAAGAAUUCAUGGUGGUUCAAGAAGGCAUGUAAAAUGUUUUGAACAACAUUGUCACGUCUAUGCAGUCAGACUCACUGACACCUAACACCCACUGAUUUUCUCAGAUAGUGUUUCAGCUUUGUGUCAAAAUGCUCUUGAUUACAGACUGCUAAAGCACACAGUGCAGGCUGUGUAUCAGACCGCUGACAGUAAGCAAAUAAUACAGAAGUCUGAUAUAUCAUAUAAUUGGAACCCUGGGAUUGAGUGGUUUGCAAAGACUUUUUCAACAUUUGGCUGUACAAAACAAAGCGAAAACAAAAGCAAUGCAUCUCUGUGAACAUCUUGGAGGCUGCAGUGACAAUUACUAACGCUGUUGAUUUUAUUGCUCAUUCAAAUUUAUUGCUUUCUGUAUGAAAAUUACUAAAAUGAAUAAAAAUAAGAAAAACUGUGCACAUCA